AUGUCACAAACUAUGGACAUUGAUCUCAUAAACGAAGCUAAUGCGCUAUCCAAGUCUGAGGAAAGCGAUAAUCCUGAAGUACCCAUGGCCCAGGAAAGUGAUCAAUCGGAAACACCCGUGCACACAUCUGCUAUGACGCCCACCGACGAAAAUUUAAUGGCCGAUGUUAGAGCCGACCGGGUGUCAAGUACGUCUGAAGUGGAGUCGGAAAAUGAGGACUCGACAAAUUCAGUUGAAUAUAAAAAAGAUAGCAUUCGGAAGGAAAGGAAGACUCAGAAACUAACUUUCGAACAGGAUAAUAAAGAUCUAAAUCAGAAUAAAAUUAGGGAUACUGCAAAGCGUUUUCAAUUUCUGCUUGGUCAUUCGGAGUUGUUUUCACAUUUCAUUGACCUAAAGAAAUUAAAAGAUAAAGAAUUCAGAAAGCUUGUCGAAGAGACGGAAAAAUUUAAUAAUUCUAUUAGAGAAGAUGUCGGAUCGAAGCGACAUCGGAGGACAGAGAAAGAAGAGGACGAGGAAUUACUUAAUGAUGAGGCGGACGAGUCGGCGGAUGUUACUCGGGUUUUCAAUGAAUCACCGAAUUAUAUUAAGAAUGGUACUAUGCGAGAUUAUCAGCUUCAAGGGCUAAACUGGAUGAUAUCACUUUUUGAAAAUGGGAUUAACGUGAUCUUAGCAGACGAAAUGGGCCUCGGUAAAACCUUACAAACUAUUUCUUUUCUAGGCUAUCUUCGUUAUUUUCGUAACAUAUCUGGACCACAUCUCGUUGUUGCGCCUAAAUCAACAUUGAAUAAUUGGUCGAAGGAAUUUAAUAUGUGGAUGCCAGACUUUCGUAUAGUAGUCCUGCUUGGGAACAAGGAAGAAAGGGCACAGAUAAUCGCGGAUAAGUUAAUGCCUAAGGAUUUUCAA